AAUCUCACGACUUCUAGUCCUUUUUCAUUGUUCCAACAUGAGAUGAAUGAGAACAGUGGACUCCACACUAGUUCCAACUUAAGGAACACCCUUCUCUCUGAAAGUGGUGUUGGGAUCGCAGCCAACAGUAUCCUUCUUCUCUUCCACAUCCUCAAGUUCUUUUGUGGGCACAGGCCCAAACCCACUGACCUGUCCAUUGGUCUCUUGGCCCUAAUCCACCUACUGAUGCUACUGAUCAUGGCAUUCACAGUUACAGACAUUUUUAUUUCUUGGCAGGGAUGGGAUGACAUCAUAUGUAAAUUCCUUCUCUACUUGCACAGAGUUUUUAGGGGUGUCUCCCUGUGUACCACCAGCCUGUUGAGUGUCCUUCAGGCUAUCAUCCUAAGUCCCAGAAGUUCCUGUUUGGCAAAGUUCAAGCAUAAAUCUCCCUAUCACAUCUCAUGUGCCCUUCUUCUCCUGAGUAUUUUUUAUAUGUUCAUCAGCAGUCACCUCUUAGUGUACAUUAUCGUCACACCCAACUUGACCUUGAAUAACUUUAUGUUUGUUACUCAGUCCUGCUCUAUUCUACCCAUGAGUUAUCUCAUGCAAAGUACAUUUUCUACACUGCUGGCACUCAGGGAAGCCUUUUUUAUUAGUCUCAUGGCCCUCUCCAGCGGGUACAUGCUGACUCUCCUGUGCAGGCAUAAGAAGCUGUCCCAGCAUCUUCACAGCACUAGACUUUCUCCAAAAGCAUCUCCAGAGAUAAGGGCCACCUGGUCCAUCCUGCUGCUCUUGAGUGUCUUUGUGAUGACGUCCAUCAUGGACAGCAUUGUCUCCUGCUCAAGAACUAUGUUCCUGGAUGAUCCAACAUUUUACUGCAUCCAACUCUUAGUGGGCCAUAGCUAUGCCACUUUCAGUCCUUUUGUGUUUAUGAGUACUAAAAUAUAUAAAGGUAACUUGUUGAGGUCUAUGUGUGAGGGUGAUAAAUGUCUGAAUAUUCAUUGA